AUGUCCGCCUCUGCGUUCCGUUCUUUUGGCCUUUCGCCUUUGUUACUCUCAUUAUUUGUCUUUCUUCACAUAAUUCAUGGCGUCGUGGGAGGCAGCCCCCCCACGCAAAGCUUUAAAUCGCGACCGGAUCUGCGUCCCCCGAUUAUCGUCGUGCAAAAGAGCACUCCGAGCAAAUUGACUCCUGGAUACUUUUUUGUUACCCCGUCCGACGGCGACAAUCCCGGACCGCACAUUUUUGAUAACCAAGGGAAUCUAGUUUGGACCGGCUAUGCCAUUGCUGGACCCCCGAUUUCCCACGGAUUCCACGUCUGUCCGCACCAGGGCAAAGAUCACCUGUGUUUCUUCCAGGGCGCGCAAGCAAAAGGAUACUCCCGCGGCCAUGGCGUCAUCCUCGACAACCGUUAUCGCACUGUUCGAACCGUCCAGUCAGGCGGUGGUAUGGCUGGCAGCGACAUGCACGAGUUUAGACCCGUCGGCGCCGGAAAGACAGCGCUGUUGACCGUCUACCAGCAGCGCCAGUUCGACAUGAGCACGUGGAAUAUCAAGACUGGCAUGGGAUGGAUCAUGGAGAGCGUCUUCCAAGAAGUCGACGUUGAAACUAGCGAGGAACUGUUCGAAUGGCGCUCACUUGACCACGUUGACCCCUCCGAGACCUAUACGUGGCCCGACCACACCGACACGUCCGGCAAUGGCCUGGAUCCGUAUGCUCCCUGGGACUACUUCCAUAUCAACUCGAUCGACAAGAAUAAGGACGGCGACUACCUGAUCUCGUCUCGCCACACCUGUGCCAUCUACAAGAUUUCCGGCAAGGAUGGCUCCGUGAUGUGGCGCCUACACGGCACGAACCCGACUUUCCGAAACAUUAACUUCAGUUUCUCGCAGCAACAUGAUGCGCGCUGGCUGUUUGAGAACUCGACACAUACAGUGUUGUCUCUGUUUAAUAACGGAUACAAUGGGUUCAACCAGACUCAUGCCUAUUCGUCCGGUAUGAUUGUUAUUAUUGACCACCAGAACCUGACUGCCACAAUGACCAACGAAUACGCUCCCUACCUCAACAACGUGCUUGCCUCAAGUCAAGGGAACACACAGGUUCUUUCCAACGGACACGUUGUAACGGGCUGGGGAAACUCGGGAUACGUCUCCGAGCAUGACGAGCACGGCAAACUGAUCUUUUGGACUUUGAUCGGUGACGGACAAACGAUGAAUUACCGCGCUCAAAAGUUUGAGUGGGAAGGCUACCCUACAGACAACCCGGCCAUGUGGACAUACUCUAGAUCCGACGAAGAGGACUCGCCCAUGACUUUCUACGUAAGCUGGAAUGGAGCCACCCAGGUUAAGAGCUGGAGAUUCUACGGCGCUUGGAACCAGUCCGAUUCCUAUGAGCUAUUGGCUGAAAUUGCUAAGAGGGGAUUUGAAACCACAUACACUCAUGCGGGCUUCUAUCCGUGGAGCUACGCCGAAGCCGUCGAUGCCCAAGGCAACGUUCUCGGGUCUUCUUCGGACAAAUUCACCUUUGUCCCUUCUCCCCUGCUCCGCGAGUACUGCGCAGAUCAGUUGUGUGAAAACACUCUUGAAUAUGGCAUGCCUGACGAAGUCGAUUCCAGGCCGCUGGUCCCACCUGCUGGCAUCAAGACAGUGCCUUGGGUGGACAAUGAAGAUUCUGACGCCGAUGCCGAUGGUAUACCACGUCCGGUAACGGUCCCUCAAGGGCAUCAGCCGUCUAACAACAGCAAUGACAGCCAGAAGAAAUAUUCUUUUACUCGCGGUCAAAUAGCUUGGGUCAUUGCCCUUCUUGUUGUAGUUAUCGCCGCCACAAUCGUUCUCAACUGCGUUUAUUUCCGUCGAGCGCGCCGGUCUAAUGCACAUUUCAACCGCAUGAAGGAGUCUCGUUCGUCCGAGAACCUCGGGCAGCCGGAUAAGCACCACCCAUCGGCUCCGAGUUCACCAUGGUGGGAUGCCUGGGAAAUAUCAACGCCCGACCUCUUACGGUCUGCCACACCAUCGUACUUGUCUGCCUCUCCGGCUUGUAGUAGGCAAACAAUCCUCAUGGAAUGGCAACAAGGCCACUCGCGCAGGCGAUCCCAGCCGGUGCAUAGCGAGACCGAGGCCAUGAUGGAGUAUCAGCAAGAACAGCGACGGCGAGAGCUCUCGCCGCCAAAACCACUUCCUGUCACAUGGAUGUCAUUACCACGGAAAAGCCAGCUAUUGGUGCUGUGUCUGUGCAGAGUUUUUGAUUUCUUGCAAGUCGCCUCGCUGCAAGCGUACAUGUUCUAUCAACUAAAGUCUUUCGACGACACUCUCUCGGAUUCCGAGAUCUCAACCCAGGCCGGCAUCCUCCAAGGAGCUUUUACCGCCGCCCAGUUCGCUACAGCCAUCCCCUGGGGUCGAGCUGCCGAUUCCGAGUGGGGUGGCCGGCGAUUUGUGCUCCUUGUAGGUUUACUGGGAACUGCUGUCUCCUGCCUAGGAGUCGCUUUCGCGUCUUCUUUCACCCAGGCCGUUAUUUGGCGGUCUUUGGGUGGUGCUAUCAACGGCACCGUUGGUAUCAUUCGUACUAUGAUUGCAGAGAACGUCAAGGAAAAGAAGUACCAUUCCCGCGCUUUCUUGAUCUUGCCGAUUGGGUUCAACAUCGCCGCGCUGUUUGGACCAGUUAUUGGUGGUAUGCUGUCGGAUCCUGUUUCCAGUUACCCUAACCUCUUUGGUCCAAAUUCACUGUUUGGAGGCGAUUCCGGGGUUCAAUGGCUGAUGAAGUUCCCUUACGCGCUACCCAUGCUGGCCAAUUUCUUCUUCAUGAUAAUUUGUGCCAUAUUAGUAGCAUUCGGCCUGGAAGAGACCUUGGAAGCAUGCAAAGGUAAACCGGGGUUGGGAUUCUACAUGCUCAAACUCCUGUCACGCAUCCUCGGGUUUGGUUCUUCUCGUUCACACUCCCAGUAUUCGGCUGUCGCAGCCCAUGAUGAAGACGCCACACUUCUCGACCCGAGUAAGGAGGGCUACGAUGACACAGAGCAUAGCAAACCUAGGUCAAAACGUGUCUUACGCGUGUUACCAUUUCACAGACUCUGGACAAAGAAUGUCCUAUUCACUCUUUUGGCGCAGGCAUUUUUCGACUUUCAAAUGGGUGCCUUCAACAACCUAUGGCUGCUUUUCCUCUCGACGCCUCGCUACGAUGCCAAUGAUCCAACGAGCCCCACUCGAUCGCUACCAUUUGUCUUUACUGGAGGAUUGGGCAUGCCUCCUCAGAGUGUAGGGUUUGCUACAUCCAUUCUCGGUAUCAUCGGCAUGGCACUCCAAUUCACCAUCUAUCCUUCCAUCAACGGCCGUCUAGGAACGGCACGAAGUUAUCAGUAUUUCCUUGCCCUAUUUCCAUUGGCUUAUGCGUUUGCGCCAUAUAUCGCCCUAGCACCUUCUACAACAGCUCCUCCAGUUCAAUCUAGCGGGCCUUGGGUCUGGUUUUCCAUCAUCAUCGUCCUCUUUCUCCAAGUUUCGGCUCGCACAUUCACCCUUCCGACCUCGAUUAUACUGCUCAAUAACUGUUCGCCCCACCCGUCCGUCCUUGGUACCAUCCACGGAAUCGGCCAGUCAGUCUCGUCUGCGUUCCGGACCAUUGGCCCUAUUUUCUCGGGAGCCUGGUAUGGCUACGGUCUCACUAUUGGUACAGUCGGCUUUGCUUGGUGGAUAGUCGCUUUGGUCUCUGUUUUUGGCUAUCUAGCGGCGAUAUUCGUCUACGAAGGAUCUGGUCAUGAAAUUCUCCUUCCUGGUGAAGAAGACAUCGAGCUCAAAUGA